AUGAAGGAGAAGUACGAUACUAUCCCGCCGCCCGUUCCACAUCAGCAGGAUGGACACAAAGGCUCCAAAGCAGCGACAUAUGCCCGUCACUGCUUGAUCGCACUCUGUCUCUGCCUGACGGUCUUUGGGAUGCUGCAUAGACCUCACUUCCCCCAGAAGUACGUGGACGCGGUGAAAGAUGCAGCCGCCGCCAGACCAGGGAAGCAGACAGUUGGCACGACAGGGUCGAAGAAGGUCCCCUUCGAAGCGCAUAUCAUGAGCAAGUGUCCCGAUGCGCAGGACUGCUUGCGGCAACUUGUCGUGCCUACCAUGGAGCAGGUGCAUAGCAAAGUCGACUUCAAGCUCUCAUUUAUCGGAGAAGCCUCGAACGACUCCUCGGCCGUAUCUUGCCUCCACGGCCCGCCUGAGUGUGUGGGAGAUAUGCUGAUGCUGUGUGCUGCCAACCUCCCAUACCCACCACGAGUCGCCGACUCCUGUCCCAACUAUGAGACUACUCCAACCGUUCGAUAUCUCGGUUUCACCAACUGCAUGAUAUCCGAAUACAAGGAUAUACCAGACCGCGCUCUCGUUCAUGACUGCGCGCUGGAAUAUGGAAUCAGCUUCAACGCCUUGAACCAGUGUGCUAGUCGCCAGAGCGACGAGGGCGAUGAAGCUCGUCGUGGCAAAGACGAUUGUGACCAUGGACCUAGCGGCCUGGCACUGUUGCGGAAGAGCUUCAAGCAUAGCUCCAAGGUCGGUGUUACCAAGAGCUGUACCGUCAGAGUUGACAAUAAGUUCUGGUGCAUCCGCGAUGGAGGCGCGUGGAGUGACUGUGGAGAAGGUAAUGAGAGGAGCGAUAUAUCCGUGCUGGUCAAGGAGAUCGAACGGCUCUGGGAUGAACGAAACUAG